GACACACACGGUAAAGCCAAGGCAGUGCUGAUGGACGAGAAGUAUUUAAAGAAGCGCGAAAGGCAGCUGAAGAAGCUGCGUGCAAGUCUUCAACAUGCAUCGGACGAGCGUGACAAGAACGCAAUUGACGAGGCACUAGCUCGUGCUGAACGUAAGCAGAUGAGUAGCGCUCUACAGGACGAUAUUCAACGUGCUCGCGACGUGCUGGCUGACAUGGCAGAAAUGCAACGGUUGCGUGAUUUGUCGCCUCUUUCUGAAGCUUCGAGUUCAACUCCAAGCGCUGAGCACGGACGUAAACAUCUACACUCCGUGACGCCCACUGCAUCACCAUCGAGCACUAGUUCAGGCAUCUCGAAGCCUCCGUCACUCGUGAUUCGACCUAUCGCCACAGCAGGAGAAAGAGCCGCAAGAAGACGCAAGGAGUAUUGA